AUGGGUGAUCCAGCAGGUCCUUCACAAAGUGGGUCGAAUACUCAAUCUAAUCGAAAAAGGGGAAGAGGUCGCACCCGUAUGAAGAAUUUGAAAAUGAAAACUGCACAUGGUGAGAAAUUACCAAUUGAAUUCCAAUCUAAUGGGUUACCUUCAGGGGAAAACGCGAAAAGGUUCAAGCUCCAGGUGGCUUCCUUUGCUCGAGAGUGUACAAGUAUUCUGAUAAGUGAUUGGAAUAGUGUUCCUGAUGCCACAAAGGAUGAGAUUUGGAAAUCAAUCACAGCUAAAUGGGAUAUGCCGAAUGAUAAGAUUGUGAAAAAGAAAACUAUAUCGUACGCGGGUGAGCGAUGGAAAGCAUUCAAAUAUAGUUUAACAAGUAGGUAUUUAUUUGAUGGUGAAAAUAUUGACAAGUCUCCUAUGGAGACUUAUGAUUUUAUUGAUGAGGACAUAUGGCAGGAGUUUAUUAGGACGCGAGCCGAACCUUCCUUUCUGGAGAAAAGACUGAAUGCACAACAGACUCAAGCUCAUAAUAAAUAUCCUCAUAGAUUGUCUCAAGGGGGAUAUGAAUUACUUGAGAAAAAGAUGAUGGAAGAAAAAUUAAAAGAAAGACAAGAAGCAGCUGGAGACAUAGAAGUUCCACCUCCAUCUCCACCUCAACGUCAUGAGAAGUGGAAAAGAGCCAGAAUAAAACCAUCAGGAGAGUAUACAUCAGAAGACACUCGUGUUGUUGCAGAGACAAUUGAUUCUCUAGUGUCAGACGGAUUUGUGCAAAAUGGACGUGAGGACAUCUUGGUGAAAGCCCUUGGGCAAGAUGAACACCCUGGUCGUGUUCGUGCUGUUGGUCGAGGUGUGGGAAUUCGAGAAUACUUUGGAUCAAAAUCUCAUUCCACCCCGUCUGUUAUCAGUGGUGCCCAACUAGCAGCAUUGACUAAGAAGAUUACACAGGACGUGCUACAGACUCUUCGCACUCAACCAAAUCAAAAUUUCCCAAUUUAUUCUCCUAAUACCACUCAAUAUGUUAGCUCAAAGGACAGUUGCUCUACUGUUCCACAGACACCAGAUGAUGAAGAGGAUAUCGAUAUCCCAGAAGAGUGUGAAUUGUAUGUUGAUGGAAGCAAUUAUGUGGUCGCACAUGCUAAUGUGUACAACCUAGGGCCCACUAUACACAAUCAGGUGCUAGCUAAUGAUAUGGUUAGAGUGGCUGUUACUAAGGUGAUAGAUGCAAAGGCUCAAGUACCUGUGCCCACUGAUGAGGUGACAACAAUUGCUCAGGCUGUCAACACUUUCAUUAAAUGGCCAAAAAGACUUUUGCGAGUUAUCACUAAUAAGGAUGUUGAUAUACCUAUGAAAGUUGAUGUUCCACAAAAAAAGUCAGAACCUAUUUGUCAAAAAUUGAUAGUGAAGGCAAUGUACAUGGAACAAGAUUUGAAGUUUAAGGCUAAACAUAGUGGGAUUGAUAUUGAGCUACCAAGGGAUGAUAUCAUGGACUUGUGUUUGGGUAAAAAAGAAUUACACUUGACUAUUUUGCAAGUGUGGCUCACGUAUCUACACCGUCGUUGUGUUGAAUUGGGAAAAAGUGGAAUGUACGGAUUUCUUGAUCCGUAUUACACUCUUGCUCAAAAUGACCGAGUUAGUGUUCAAACCUACAUUCAAAACACAAUGGACCAUAAUAAAAAGGAUUUGUACCUAGCUCCUUACUUUAACAAUCGUCACUGGCAGUUGCUCAUAAUUAAUCCUAAGAAGCGUGAGGUAACCUUUCUCUGUUCAUUAGGAAAGAAGCCGUCGGAUAAAAAUUUACCAGUCAUUGUUGAUUCAGCUUUGGAAGGUUAUUAUAAGCUACAAGGGGUGAGAAAGCAUAGUAAAGUAGUAUGGUUUUAUCCCACCAGUCGAAGGCAAUCAGUUUCUUACGAGAGCGGAUACUUUGUCAUGCUACAUAUGUUGAACAUCAUAUCCAGUGGUGUUGUGGAUUCAUGGAUGCAAAUAUUUGCGGAUUCAACUCCCUUUCAAAAGGAUGAAGUUAAAAAUGUUCAAGAACGCUGUGCAAAUUUGAUUCUAGAACUUAUCAAAGCAAAUGAGGAUUCAUUGUAGUGCGAGACUGGUUUUUGGAGCAGGUGGGGGGAGUAAGCUUUAGUGAGACUGGUUUUCUUUUUUUAGCAAUUGGGGUUUUAGCUUAGUGUUAGCCCUGUUUUGAGUUUUAUAUUAUUUGCAUUUUGGUUCUACUAUGUACUUUAAUCUGUCGGUGCACAGUGGCAAUAUUUACUUUCUAAUGACAUUGAAGUUCAAUGGUUUAUUUUAAAUAAUACAUGUGGAUUUUGGUUAUGCA